AUUUUAAAAAAAGGGGGCAGAGACUGCUAGACAGCGCAUGCGCUGGAGGGGGGCUGUCGAAGAAUCAAGUAAAUAGAAUUGGAGCUGGAACCACAAGUUUAGUGUUCGCGAUGACGUCACCGCUCCACAUUGAGCCGGAGCAGUAGUAGUGUGGGAGAUAGAUAGAGCCGCGCUAUAGUAAAGUACACACUGCCAUGAACUUCUGUUUGUAACUUAAUUGUUGUUGCUGCAGUCAGGAGGGGAAAAAAGGAAACAACAAAAGUUUUUUUUUUCUUUUUCUGGCUGUAUCUGAUUUUAACAGCAACGAGCACGCAGGCAUCUGGAGGAAGACCGUUGAAUACUUUUUUUUGCAAAAGCUAUGUCGUCCGCGGCGAUUGCUGCUUCCAGACGGCAGUCAUGUUAUUUAUGUGACUUGCCCCGCAUGCCGUGGGCUAUGAUCUGGGAUUUUUCUGAGGCUGUCUGCAGAGGAUGUGUCAACUACGAGGGAGCAGACCGGAUUGAGUUUGUGAUCGAGACAGCCCGGCAGCUGAAGAGGGCUCACGGCUUCCAGGAAGGGAGAUCGCCGGGGCCGGUGAAACCUCAGCUCUCGGGGAAGGAGAUCCAGCCCAUCAACCACACGGCGGCGGACCCGGGAUCUCGCCUGCCGCAGCCCCUGGAUCGCUACCCCCUCGCCUCGGACCGGCCGCCGCGACUCGGUCCAGAAUAUCCGACUGGCAGGCAGUCUAACGGCAUCCCUGUCCCAAAUGGAUUCCCCAAACCCGACGACCCCCCGGAGCUGAACAGGCAAAGCCCCAAUCCCCGCAGGACUAGCACGGUCCACGCGAAUAUAGUGCCUUUGGUGAACGGGACCCUGCCGCCCGUGCACGCUGUCAACGGCAGGUCGGCGCAAAUGGGCAUCCCGGCGGCGCUAACAGCGGCCGGCCAGAACGAGAUCAGCGGCAAGCGGCCGGCCUCCGUGUCCAGCACGGAGCACGACAGGGAGCUGAAGGACAAGCACAGGGCGGACAGCCUGUCCGAGCUGGGGGAGAGCCACAAGAACCGGCCGGACGAGUGGAUUACCAAAGGGAAGACGGUCAGGGACUUAAUGGCGUUCCACACGAUGGACGGCCGGUACAAGAAGGACCACGCAGCGAUGCCACAGGGCAGGGUGAUGGGCUACGACGCCAACGCCACCGCUUCGAAGCCAGACAGAGGCAAGCAUCCCCGGAACAUGAAGAGAAAGGCGUCGCCAGAGCCCGAGGGAGAGAGCACCGCCGGGAAGAUGAAUGGCGAGGGUCAGUGGCAGCCGGCCGCGGCGGAGGUCCUGAAGAUGCCCACGGUGCCCCCGAGCUUCGCCACGGCGCCGUCCACCAUCUCGCCCCAUUCCAACCGCACGACCCCGCCGGAGGCCGCGCAGAACGGCCAGUCGCCGAUGGCCGCCCUCAUCCUGGCGGCGGACAACGCUGGGGGCAACAGCUCGCCCAAGGAUGCCAACCAGGUGCACUCGACCACCCGCCGGAACAGCAACAGCCCGCUGUCGCCCUCCUCCAUGAGCCAAAGGAGACUGGGGCAGAGGGAGGCGCCGGGCGCGGGGACGCCGCACGUGCCGGGCAUGGACCAGGUGCACCCGCAGAGCAUUCCAGACUCUUCCGUGCCCAACAGCAUCCCGCUGUGCUGCACCCUCUGCCACGAGCGGUUAGAGGACACGCAUUUCGUGCAGUGCCCGUCCGUGCCGUCACACAAGUUCUGCUUCCCGUGUUCCAGGGAGAGCAUCAAGCAGCAGGGCGCCACCGGGGAGGUGUACUGCCCCAGCGGGGAGAAGUGUCCACUGGUGGGCUCCAACGUGCCCUGGGCGUUUAUGCAAGGUGAAAUAGCCACCAUUCUUGCAGGGGACGUCAAAGUAAAAAAGGAGAGGGACCCUUGAUUUUAUUAUCGUUUUUUUUUUAAAAAAAAAACAACGACAACAACAACAAAAUAUAUAAAUAUAAAUUACACGCAUACCAUCCAAACAAAACUAAUGGACUUGUACAUAUUGGACGCGAGCGAGGAAAGUGUAUACUUCAUAAACAUGGCUGUAUAAUUUUUGAUUUUUGAAUACAUUGUGUUUCUAUAUUUUUGAAGAUAAAGGUAUGUACUCAUUAUAAUGGACUACAUUUCCACCCCUUUUUUGUUGAUGUUUAAGCCGACUCUCUCGAUGUUACCUUUUCGGUCUGGUGGCAGUUUCUGUUAAACGUAGAAUGUGACUAAUGCUACUCUAAGCACUUGACGCAACUGAAAUGCUUUUAGCUGUACUUGUAUGCACUUGUUUAAAAAAAUUGCCAAAUACAAUUUCUGACCUUGUAAUAAUAA